AGUCUGAUUGUGUUAUUCAAACGAAACGGUUGUUAAACAAGAAAAAAAUAAUUUCAAAACUGCUGGUAUUCAAAGUACACAAACAUAUAAAAACAUAAUUUAUAGAAAAUCCAGUGUUUUUUUAAAGAAAUAAAGGAACAAUUUCAAAGAAAUUGUAUAAUAAAUAUUUAAAAUAUAAUAGAUUUAAUAUGGAAAAAUCGAAUCGACCCCAGCGUAAUCGUCGUCACAGUAGACGCGCUUGGCCACCAGAAGAUGAUCUACAUUAUCCCCGUCCAGCCAAACGUUUGUUUACACCCGAAAUCAAGCGUAUGCUCAAAGAAUGGCUAGUGCGCCGUCGUGAAAACCCCUAUCCCAGUCGGGAGGAGAAAAAACGUUUGGCCAUUGAGACCGGCCUAACCUAUACACAGAUCUGCAAUUGGUUUGCCAAUUGGCGACGUAAGCUGAAAAAUUCCGAAAGAGAAAAAUCAAAAAAAUCCUGGGGUCAUUUAAUCAAACACUACAAUAACAAUGCCAAAGGCAAUGUAGAACAAUUUAGUAUAUCAUCGGAGGACAGUAUAUGGGAAGAGGAGGAACAGCAGAGACGACUUAGAAUGAAUGAACGGGCAUUAAAAGACGAUGACUACGAUGAUGAGGAUGACGAGGAUUCAUCGUUAUGUGAUAUAGAAGGCUCGAAUGAGUCUACCGAUAUGGAACGUAAUGGCAGUUGCGGCAGUGGAGAAACUCAAAUAAUGGAUACGAACUAUCAACCGAAUUAUUACAUGGAUACCAGGAAUAUGAGUAAGGAUCCGGUAGAGUUAUUUAUAGGACGUGAAGUGGAUGUGCUGACCACCACAGCUACUUGCCAGGUAACGGGUGGUAGUAGCAGUAGUGAUAGUGCGACAAAAACAAAGUACAAACAAAAAAUGAUGGAAAAAUAUUUAAGAGAUACCACUAAUGAUUCCAUGCAAAUAAAUAGUAAUCUUAAUAUACAGCCUCUGGGAGAACAGCACGAGCAAAUGCCAACGACAUAUGUGAAUGGCAAUAAUACAACAAUUAUUAAAUCAGGAGCAGAACUAUCGAAAUGGCUGGAAAGUGCCGCCAAAUUUACGCCCAAUAAAAACAACUAUUACAUAGAAUGGAACAGUAAAAGAAACAAGCUUGAGAAAAAACCCAUUCUUACCAAAACAUAUCUACCAGCUACACACUCUGUUAAUCUCCAGAACUCAAACACUACGGUAACGAUGUUGCCCCUAUUAUAUUCCACAACACCCUUAGUACAAAGAGACAAUUCUCAGGAUCAUCAUCGUAACCAGCUGCACCACCACAAUCUUCACCAACAGCAUAUUUAUGAUGUCAUACAUCAUAAGGAUGAAUUGGAUGCCGCUGAGGCUUUGGCCAAUUUGGCCUUUAAUUGUCGUCAGAAAAUGUUAGAUUCUGCCACAAAUGGUAGAAACACUCUUUCAUGGCCCAUAAAUGCAAUAAGUUCGUGAUUUUUAAGACAGAAAUAAAGCAUUUAGUUUUAAAUGGUAUAGAAACGUGAAAGAUUCUAUAAGACAAAAGCAUUCCAGCACGAGAUUUUAUUGAUUUAAAGUGCGGAAGAAAAUAUACAUAAACAUACAUACAUAUAUUAAAAACCUAAAUACUUAGUUAAAUAGAACACUAAAACGAAUGUUUAUUAUUAUAGAUAAUGAAAUAAAUUGAACUAAUAGAAGACAAAUUAUGUAAACAAAAA